AUGCAAGGACUCAGGGCCAAAUUUAGGGUGGCCGCAGUGGUUGCGUUAACUCUUUGGAUUGCGCUGCUCGGUUUGUAUUCACUUUUGAAGCCAAUCUCCAAUGGAUGCGUCAUGACUUACAUGUAUCCGACUUACAUUCCCAUCUCCGCCGCGGGUGAUGCUGCUGCUGCUUCCGGUAAGUAUGGUUUGUACCUUUACCAUGAAGGCUGGAAGAAGAUCGAUUUCGACGAGCAUUUGAAGCAGCUUAGUGGCAUUCCCGUUCUUUUUAUCCCUGGAAAUGGUGGCAGCUUCAAACAGGUAAGGUCUGUGGCUGCUGAAUCAGAUAGGGCAUACCAAGGAGGUCCGCCAGAGAGCACAUUUCAUCAUGAGGCUGGUUUGACUUCUGAGGAGGGGAGAGCGGACACGCAUUUGGCUGGCUUUGAAUUGCCCACCCAAUACAAGAAUAGGCUAGACUGGUUUGCUGUGGACCUUGAAGGUGAACAUUCUGCAAUGGAUGGUCAGAUACUUGAAGAACACACUGAAUAUGUUGUGUAUGCCAUCCACAGGAUUUUGGAUCAGUAUAAGCAUUCCCAUGAUGUCAGAGAAAAGGAAGGUGCUGCCGCAUCUAGUAGUUUGCCAAAGAGUGUGAUAUUGGUUGGUCAUUCCAUGGGCGGUUUUGUUGCUAGAGCUGCUAUGAUCCAUCCCCGUCUGAGGAAGGCUGCUGUUGAGACUAUUCUUACACUUUCAACCCCACAUCAGUCACCUCCAGUGGCACUACAACCAUCAUUGGGCCACUAUUUUGAGCAUGUUAACCUUGAAUGGAGGAAGGGGUAUGAGGUCCAGAGUACUCAUGCUGCAUCAUAUGUUACCGAUCUCUCCAAUGUUAUUGUUGUCUCAAUCUCCGGUGGUUAUAACGAUUACCAGGUGCAAACAAAGUUAGAAACCCUAGACGGGAUUGUGCCUCCUACACACGGAUUUUUUAUUAGCAGUACCAGCAUGAGAAAUGUAUGGCUAUCCAUGGAGCACCAGGCUAUUUUGUGGUGCAAUCAACUGGUUGUACAAGUAUCACAAACUCUCCUCAACUUGGCAGAUACAAAAACAAGUGUUCCAUUUCCUGAAAGACAAAAAAGACUUUCCGUAUUCGCUAGGAUGCUUCGUAGUGGGAUACCUGAUGCUUUCCAAUGGACAAGUCAGCCGGAUUCAAAUGUUCAUGGUGGUCAAGUGGCUAGGUUACCUGGUUGCCCCAACAAUCUUACAUGGAAAGAUGAUGGGCUAGAGAGGGAUCUGUAUAUCGAAACUAGUACAGUGACAGUCUUGGCAAUGGAUGGAAGAAGAAGGUGGCUGGACAUACAUAAAUUGGGAUCAGACGGGAAGAGUCACUUUGUGUUUGUAACUAAUCUUGCUCCAUGUUCUGGGGCGAGACUUCACCUGUGGCCUGAAAAAGGCAAGUCAAAUUCAGUCUCGCCUUCAGACAAAAGGGUUAUCGAGAUUACAUCCAAGUUGGUGCAGAUUCCAUCAGGACCAGCUCCAGUACAGAUGGAGCCCGGUAGUCAGACUGAACAAGCACCUCCAUCUUCUGUACUUCGUCUAACUCCUGAAGAUAUGCAAGGCUUCAGAUUCUUGACAAUUUCAAUUGCUCCUCGUCCGAUUGUUUCAGGCCGACCUCCACCAGGAGCUUCUAUGGCAGUUGGCCAAUUCUUUGAUGCGAAGGAUGGAGAAAGAGUGUUAUCUGCUCCAGCACUUCUUCUAUCUGCUUAUUCUUCAAAGGAUGUAGUGCUGGAAGAGGAUCAUCCUAUUGCUCUUAAUUUAUCCUUUGAUAUCAACUUAGGGCUUUUGCCAACUUCACUCUCUCUGAAAGCUACUGGUUGCGGAAUACAAAGGUCCGGGCUUCCUGAUGAAGAGGCUGGAGACAUGGAUAACAGUAAGCUUUGCAAAUUGCGUUGCUUUCCACCUGUUGCUUUGGCAUGGGAUUCAACAUCCGGGCUUCAUGUAUUUCCAAAUGCGUACAGUGAAACAGUUACAGUUGACUCAUCACCAGCACUUCUGAGUUCCUCUCCAGGAUCAGGAAAAACCUCCGUGCUGUUACUCGUUGAUCCUCAUUGUUCUUAUGAAUUGACCUUUGCUGCUUCUCUAACAUCAGCUGCUGGCAAAUUUUUGCUUCUUUAUAGUUCACAGAUAGUGGGUUCCUUCUUUGCAGUGAUAUUUUUUGCUCUAAUGCAGCAAGUGCGUGCAUGGGAUCUUGAUUUGCCUAUACCAUCAGUACUUACAGCCAUGGAGUCCAAUUUGAAGAUGCCUUUGCCGUUUGCGCCUUUAGGCUUCAGCCCCCUCCUACUUUCAUUAUUUGUUUGUGUGCUAAAUUCACAGCCUCUUCCGCCGCUUGUAAGCUUCAUUGCUGUCUCCAUAAUUUGCUAUUUAUUAGCAAAUGGGGUUGGAGCCAUACUGGUCUGGAUGUCCCAAUUCCUCUUUUAUGCAGCCGCUCUCACGCAUGUGUUCAUCAAGUCAAGGUGGCAACAAUGGGAAACUAAAUUUUGCUUUGCAUAUCUUCGUUGGUUUAUUACUCUUUCAUCUGGUUUCUUCUCACUGAAGGCCAUGAGGGUAAUAAGAGGCAGCCCGUCAGUACUCACUGCGCUAAUGGCAGUUACACUUGGGUCUUUCAUCCACCCGGCAUUGGGUUUACUCACCCUCCUGUUAGCUCAUGCUAUAUGCUGUCAUAAUGCGUUAUGCAGUUUUUUGACAGCUUCAUUUCGCAGCCACACACGAAAGAAGGAAUUCCUUGGUCACGAGGACAAAGAUAAAGAAAUAUCUUGGCAGCAACCUUUGUCGAAGCAUGAAGUUGCCGGAGUCAACCAGAGCGUCCUAUUAGAAGAGAACAGCAGCUCUGACAGCCCAAACAGUUCGAAGAGCUUCAGCGACACACAAUUGGAGAUCUUUCAUCACCGGCAUGGUUUGCUGAUACUACAUCUCAUGGCAGCCCUAAUGUUUGCCCCUUCUUUCGUGGCUUGGUUGCAGAGAAUAGGCAUGGGUGGCCAUAGCUUCCCGUGGUUCCUUGAUUCGACAUUAUGCAUCGGCGUCAUUCUCCACGGCGUAUUAUGCUCGAAUCCAGAGUUCAGCUCCUUGUUCUCCUUCCCCAGGAUGAUAUGGAAGGAACUUCGAUUGGAUUUUGUGUAUCUCAUCGCCGGCAUCUAUUCGUAUAUGGCGGGGCUAGGGUCGGCCCCCUACAAAGUCUUCUACCCGAUUGCAUCCAUAGGGUUCUUGGCAUUCGCUCUGAAGAUGUCGCAGCUAAGGAACAAGGAUAAUGGAGAGUCUCGUCUUGGCCGACGGAAAAAGCAUUCCCAUCGACACUGA